UACAGCAACUUAUUUUUGAGAACCAAACAUGUUUAGACCGGCCGUGUUGAUUUCAACUGCAAGAACAUUUUCUAAAAAUGGACCAAAAGUUAGAACACCAAUUUGGAGUUCUGGCUUGUUCCAAAAAUCUUUCGGGCCAAAAAUUAACUGUAGCGGGUGCAACAAAUGCUCCCACUUGUUCUGAGUUGAGAACAUGUAUAAAGAGAAAUACUGAACAUGUUCUAGGGCUAGGGUUCUCGCGCAGCUGAGGUGAUUCACGGCGACUCCAGUACGGCUGACGUCUUCUACAAAUCGACGACCCAAAUUCAUGAUUGGGCUUCAAAUCGACGACUGGAACUUCAAGAUCUGAAGAGCUCUCUCUUUAUCGCGUCUCUCUCAACUCUCGGAUUCUCUUCUCUACUUUUUCGGCCGAUUUACGCCAACGAGAAACACCGGCAGCCGUUUGCAAUUUCUAGCUAGCUCCAGUCUUCUUCUCCGGCGACGGUUUGGCAAGAAAAGCUCCAGUCUUCUUCUCCCCAAGCUCUCUAUCUCCAUUUCCUCAUCUCUCUCAUCUCGGUUUUCCAAGGUCAUUCACGGAGGCUUAUGAGUGAUUCUUAAAAGUCAAACCAUUACCAAGAAGAUAGAGAUUCAAGGAGAACACAUCUAACAAAAGGGAUCUACAAUAAGUGAAAACAUUCACUUUAGAGGAGAGAUCUAAAGUUUACUCAAACCUUUAUAUUCAUCAUAGAACACAGUGACCAUGAAAAGGAGAAGAAAUUCAACCCAAAAAGGCAACAAAGAAGGAGACAAGUAUGACUAUUCAUUCACAGAUCUUCCGAGGCCCAUCAUCGACGAUAUUCUACUAAAGCUCUCUGUAAGGAGUAUUCUAGUUUGCAGGUGCGUUUGCAAAACUUGGCGCUCUAUAAUUUCCGACCCUCAAUUCGCCAAGCUGCAGUAUGCACAGGCAGAGCCCUGUGCUCUGCUUCGGACCUUGGAUUCAAUCUAUUUGGUUGAGCCUAAAGACUGCCACAAUUUCAAUCUUGGAUACUGCACAUGUGACAACCAUACCUGUUUUCGAUGUGACCGUCAUAUGGAGGUUGACACCAAAUUAAAGAUGCCAAUGCGCAAUGCCCAAAUGGUGCUUGGGGGUGAUGCACAAAUGGGCUGCAUAAGAGAUCAAAAUUUCAAAAUUGUGAAUUCUUGCAAUGGUUUCCUUUGCUUGUCUGAACCAUCGACUAAUGAACCUGUUGUUGUGUGUAAUCCGAUCACGGGUGAGUGUAUAAACCUUCCUGUGGCUAAAGCAGCCGAUAAUGAGAAAAUCCGUUAUUUUGUUGAGUUUGAGUUUGGCUUCAGUCCGGGGACUAAUCAGUACAAGGUGAUUAGAAUGUUUGAACGGUGGAUUGGUGAUCCCCCUAGUUUUUUUUUGGCUUCAGUCCAUGAUCCUACAUACACACUCCUGCAGGAUCAUGGAAAAGCAUUGAUGAUGCUCCCUUUGUAUUUAAUUAGAUAAGAUUUCCCACUUAUCUGGAGGGAUGUGUGCACUGGUUGAUCUGUGGGAGUGCUAGAAGGCUGUCUAAGCAUAUAGUUUCUUUUAGCUUUGACAACU